UGAUGUACUAUUAGGUAAUCUCAAGUCUAGUACUUAGUUUUUCGAUGUUCGCUGGUUCGUAAUAUCACAGCUAAUAGAUGUAAACACGCGUAUACGCGUAUAGUGAUACCUGAUGUGUGUACUUUUACACUAUUUUACUCGUUAAUGUUUUUUUGUAAACAAAAAUUCUGCGUUUUUGGGUGAAAUCGUAUUAUUUAUUGUGUAAAUUUCAUCGUUUCGAGUUGAUUUUGUGGACUUAACAUUUUGAGUUGUUUCCUGUUUCCGUCGAAAAGAAUCGAAUUAUUGAUAAAAAUGGAUGGCAAUCCGACUGACUUACGUUCACUGGCGGCGAAAUCUUCGUGUAUACAAUUGGUGUACGAAUGGGCCAGCUGUGAAAUGCCAACAAUCAAUACUUGGAAAGACGAAAAAGGCUACGGUACAUGCCCGGAUCACGAAUGGGUUAUUUGGCAAAUGAACGAAAUGCAGAUACCCGGCAGUCCAGUGAUGCCGGAUUCGAUUCGCGAUCUAAUCGAGUACCAAAUAACGUGGGUUUUGGAAGAGGUUACUGACUGGAUCUGUUAUCACCAUAAGAAAAACUUCUUCCACGAUGAACCGGCAUCUCCGUUGAAAGACUAUCUGCUGAAAUUGAUUUGGAAAUCGAAUCGAUCCAUAGACUACACAGAGACUGCGAAAAACAUCUUGACCAGUUCGAAUUUCAACGCGAUGGAGAGGUAUAGAUUCGCUUGUACGUAUUGUUUCCCAGAGGAUGUGCAGAAUUUGAGAGAAAUAACGGAGUUGGCUGAUUGGUGUUUUAAAGAAGAGCCAUUGCUGGUUUAUUGGAGUAAAUACUACUUGACCGAUCAAUUGCAUCAUACGAUAAAGUUACCCACAGGGUUCGUUUCGAUCGAGGUCUUCAUGUUUAGCGAAGCUGUGGAGAAAUACGAUCUUCUGGCACCCAUUGUGUACUUUUUUACAGAAUUUUACUCCGAUAUCAAAUUAUGGCAGUUUUGCGACGUUAUCACGUACCCAGAGAGCAGGGGAACAAAAUAUCUGAAAGAACUACUGUCUGUAAUGGACGGAUGUGAAAGAGGUCUCGUCUACCAAGGCAACGUGAUAUUACGAAUCUUGGAGAAUCUCGUUCGGAUCAGGGACUACGAAGGUAUCAGUCAAAUGUACUCCGAAUUGAAAGGCAAAUCGUAUUGGACGAAUUUCGCUGCAAUUAUCGUCGAAUUAGUGAAAGCGUCGAUAAGCCCUCAUCGCAACCGUUUCAAUUCACUGACGUCGUUAUUCCUAUUGAUGGAAAUUUGGAACGAUGCCAUCGGCGAGGAUGAAUUCCUCGAAGAUGUGAUAGAUUUGCAAUCGUAUAUCGCCGCCAAAUGCUCCACAGCAAUCGUUUCGGAUGAAAAUCGCAUCAAGUACUGUUGGUCAACAGACGGAUUCCAUCGACCUUUGGAGUUUAUUCGCGCUUUGGCUGCUGCGUACGAACCGCGAAAUUUCCUCAAGUCGAAUUUUUAUUGGUUGGUGAUCUGGCAACCGUUUGCUUCGAUAGUCCAACUGAUUGACGAAUUUCAAUUGGAUGUCAAAGAUGUCGAGGAAUUGAAAAUGCAUACUCGACAUUCGUCUAGAAUGAAGCGCGUUUGUCUAAAAUAUUUGGAGAGUGGCAAGUUGGACGAGUUCAGCGCCUUUGUAUCGUUUUGUUACCAAGACCAUAAGGCCGAUAUAAGCGCAUAUCAGAAAGACUUAUUGACGAAUGAAGAUGGCUUGAAAGCUCUCGCCGAUGCGUUAAAUCACAUCGAUUGGAGAAUAGUCAACGAAUUCGUCAACAAUGUGUUUCGUGAUGUGGCCGGAUUCGUGUCUGGCUACACUACCAGACUGUUGUUUCGCGCUUUCCAGAAUGGAGAGUACUUUUUGAUGAAAAUGAUGAAACGAGAAGACGCGAAUGGCCAUGACAUCGUGGAAUGUAUUCAAACUUUCGUCCCAGAUAACGACAAUUUAUCGCUGGCAAAGGAGACUUUCGUGGAUUUACUUUUAAAAACACUUUAUAACGAUGACUAUUAUGUUUACGAUGAUGUCUAUACCGUUUUUAAACGGGCUGUGUUCAAUGACCAUAUGUUGAAUUGGUGUUUCGGAAGUGAGACGGGUGUUGCGGAAUUUAAAGAGAUGAUUAACGUUUCGGAAGUAUUCCUCGCUCAGUUUUGGGGCUGCAUAGAGACCAGCACGAUAUCGACCUUCAAAUUCACCGAUUCGAUGGAGGAAUUUUUGCUUUGGUAUUAUCCCAUCGAGAGUGAAAGGAGAGCUUUCAAAUUAGAAAUGAUUCACUCGUACUACGAAUUCGAUGUUAUUGGGUUACAUUUAAAGGAUAGAAGUUACCGUCGACGAAUGUUGAAUUGGUUUUUCGAGAACGACGCCGAAGCAAUAACGGAAUUUGUGGAUAACGUAUCUUCCAUUAAGUUUAGUAUUCGAUGCGGAUGAGUGUUUGGAAUGUUUUUGUUGUGAUUGUUAUGUCGAGUUUAUUCGGUUGUGAAUUUUAAUCCAUUUUUUUAUUGUAAUUAAUUGAGAUAGGUAUUACCUGUAAUAAAUGAAU